GAGUUUGCUCAUAUUUUCUUAUUGCACCCUGGUGGUUUCUGCUGUUACCUGCUCAGUUCUGUGCUGUGUUAAUGGUAAUGAAAACCUGUCUUCUGUGGUAAAUGAGUUACUGAGAUCGCCCACGCCUGGAGCUCUCGGCUCUUAUUUGGGGUUUAGAAUGAAUGAAUGCAAUCAUUUUGUCUAAUUUAGGAUGCCUCAAAUGGCAGAGAAAAACUCUAUUAGUCAUAUUUAUUACAGUAUUAUAUGAAGGUUUAUAGCGUAGUGUCUUUAUCAGAAAUUAAAUUAAACGAGAUACAUGCAACACAUACUCUCAAUCUUAUUGACUUGUAGGUUUACGGACAUUAUAUUACAUUUACUGCUUUACAUUACAAAGCUAAAUAUUUUUUGAAAUCUCGCGAGAUGUUGAGGUUAAACGCUAAUGUUCUCAGAUGCAGCAAUUUUAGUUAAUAAAAUAACCAACUGACAACGUAGGCUAACUACUAAAUGACCUGUUUAAAACACUAUUAAAGAUUAUUUCUAAACUUAACAAACGUAAACGUAAUAAAUCUCGAUCACAAGUCUCGCGUUGAAGUGGAGACUUGAACUCGGCGUUGCCAUGGUAACGCCAGAGACGCUGCGGGUUUUUUUUUUAGCUAAUAGCACGGCUACGUUUAGCUCGACGCUACUUAUUGACUUCACAUAACAAUGUCUAGAAAGAAGAGCGCGAAAGACAAGACGGAGAGGGCAACUGUGGAAGAGGACGACUUGAUGUGUUUAGAUGAAUAUCAAUGCUCGGGCAACGUGGAGAUAGAUUUUCCUGGCCUUUGUGCUCUUCUGGACAUCGAAGAUAUUCCAUCAGUCAGCAUAAAGCAUCCGGUCUCUGAAAGUACCACAGAAGAAGAGGGUCAAGAGGACAAUCAGGCCCAGGUUAACUCCCCGUACAAGCCAUGUCUUCAAGUAGAGCUGGAGAAUGAAAGCCCACUUAGUGUCAAGGGAAUAAAGAUUUCUGGAUGGAAAGUGGAUGAGCAGAUUGCCAGAGCGUUAACGAAGAUGCUUCCAUCAUUGAGUCAGCUGCAGAGUCUUCACCUGUAUUGCAGGUUCUGGCAGGCGAGACUGACAGAUCAAAUGGUAAUCUCACUCAUGAGCACCAUAUCUCUGUGCUCCAGCCUCAGGGCUGUUGCAAUAGAAGGCAACACUCUUCCACAGCAGAGCUACCACCUUCUUCUUGCUGAGGACAGUGUCAUCACUCAACUGUCCCUGCGAAACAAUAGGAUAGGAGAUGAGGGUUGCCGCCUGAUUGGCUCAGCUCUCUCAACAGCCAGAUCCACUAACAAGAACCUCCUGUCACUCAACCUGGCAUUCAAUUCUAUUGGUGAUGCAGGUGCUGCACAUAUUGCGCAGGGCCUGCGGUUAAAUCGUGCCUUGCUCUUUCUUUCGCUGUCCAACAAUCACAUUGGAGACUCAGGAGCUGCUCAUCUGGCAGCGAUACUUGGCAAGUUUGCUUUGACUCAUGAAGAAGUUGUGAUGAGGAGGAGGCUACUUGUGGAAAGAGCAGAGUCUGCACCUGCUGCCCAAUUCCCUACAGUACCCAGCAGCUCAUCGCUGACCCACAGUAAAGGGGAGCUCAAAGGAAUCUCCACCAAAAAGGAAGCAUCUAAAAAAGAAGAAAAAACAGCUGUCAGUAAAGAGAACACAAAGUCUGUCAAGAAAACAUCUGAAGCAAAGGUGCCUCAAAGUAAAGGUGAGAAGUCAGGGAUCAAAGAGAAACAGCUGUCUACAUAUGAGGAUUCGUCAAACGCCAUCUUAGAUGAGCAGGACAAAGAGGCAGUGGAGGUAGUGAACCCUCUGCUGGACCAGUCGGUGCAGCAUGAGAAAGGACGGAUCUUUCUACCUGGAAAUAGGACUCUGAUCUCUCUCAACUUAUCAGGAAACAGAAUUACAGAGAAGUCGCUGCCUUUAUUCCUGGCGUCAUUGGAGAUGCAGGGUGAUGGUGGAGGCCUCUCGCGCCUCUGUCUGCAGAGAAACCGCUUCCCACCAGACUGUGAGCCCUAUGUGAAGAUAAAGGAACUGAUGGCACUCAGAGAACCGCUUGAAGUUAGCAGUCCUGAACCAACAGAAGAGGAAGGACAGAACGCAUAGUACUGAGACAAAAUGCAUAUUUUACAAGAUUUUUAUUUGUUGUUUUAUUGAAGAGAGAAAAACGGUUCGUUUUUUGAAAGUGAAAUACUACCUCUUUGUACUCUGUUGUAGCCUCUAUUGUAAUAAAUAAAUAAUUAAAUAAAUAAAU